AUGCAAGAACCAAUCCAUUUAUUAACACCGGUGCAACCACGUUAUAUCAGUCAAAACAAUUGUACAACAUCAUAUUCUAUUGGCCUGUGCACAUGUAUCUUACCAGUAGAUGAUUGUCACUUAGUAUCUGGUCAUACAAAUGGCUGGAUAGUCAUCUGGUCAGUUGAAAGUCACCGACCUUAUCGUCAAUGGAUUGGACAUGCUAACCAUCAACUUAUAAGUUUACACUUUUGGCCAAGUGAUAAUUCAAAUGUGAUUAUAUCUCAUGCUCGUGAUGGAUUUAUUCGUUUUUGGGAUUUCAGUCAGUUUCAAGUGAAUGAUGCUAGGCUUUUUGACCCUCUUAUUCAAGUUUUUAGUGAAAUUCGAACAUACGGUGUUGCAUUUUGCAAUUCUUCUCUAUGGUCUGCAUCGGUCAACUCACAGUCGGGUUUGCAUUUUCUAGCCCAUCUAUGUGAAGAAGAAAAAGAAGAUGACGCUUCGAAAUCUGUUAAAGAACUAGUCAUUGAAGUAAUCCAAUUGCCUCAAUUCACUUUCAUUUGUCAUCAAUCCAUCGAUGGUUUACAAAGAUUCUGUAAAAAUAUUUCAAAUCUAGGUAUGUGUAUGGCAUUGCAAGGAGUUGAAAAGAGUUUCACAGAAGAAAAAGCACACUAUCUUCUUUUAGCUGGAUUUGAAUCAGGACAUUUGAUCUUACUAGGCGAUGGUUUAGUGUUAACUAUACUCGAUUUCCCACUAGGUCAGUCUAUUCCUAUCAUGAAAGUUUCUAUUCGACCUGCAGCAGCAGUAGUAUUACAGCAAUUGUGUGAAGAAAAAACAGAUUUACCACCAUCAAACAUCAGACUUGUCGCUUUAGGUGGACCUGUUGUAGACACUUGUGAUACAAAGUUGUCAACAGAUGGAAGUUUAGCUUUUAUACAGUUAGAAUUCAAUGUUCAGUUACAAAAUCCUUACAAACUGUUGAAGGUGAAGAAAAUUAUCAGCGAUUCAAAUGUUGGCGUUUCAUGUUUCACUUGGCGUGAUGAUGGUCGUCUACUAGCAGUUGGACAAUGGAAUGGUCAAAUACGCUUAUUUCAAGUACAGUUAAAAAGUAGUAAAUUAUUCAAAAUUAAAUCAUUAGGCUAUCUUACUAGUGUUGGAGGAUUGAAUGAAGGAAGUUUAAUUGGUGAAUGGUGUGCUACAACACUGAAUAAUUCAAGUGGAUCAAAUAUGAAUCAAGAUGACAAGUUGAUUCGAUCAUGUACAUUUACAAAAGGCUCGGAUUUUUGAUCACAUCUGUUCCAACAAAUGGUGGAACACUUGGUAGUCUACUUGUCUGGGAUGUGUACAGGAAAUAAGUUAAUUUUAAAUAUCGUAUGUCAAACAUUUCUAUGAUCCUAAUUGUACAUUUAUUCUAAAUGCACCAUAUUUAAAAACUUUUGUCAAACAGAUACUAGCACUUUUUGUCAAGGGUUUUUAAAAACGACAGGGACAUGUAUUAUGUAUGCCGAAUCACUAUUUUCUGCCUCAGUGUUAUCUGAAGUAGGUUUAGGCUUGAAGAAAGCUUGUUGGGCCAGUAUCUGACUCCAAGGUUUACAUAAAUUUUGUGAAAUACUGUCAUUCUUCUUAUGAUCAUAAAAACACUGCUGAUCCAUCUGCGGCUUCAGACACUGAAAACAAGCGAUAACACG